AUGGGUUGUAUACAACUGCUGUCAUUCGCUGCACGCAGAGAAGCAUAUCCUCUUGCCUCUAAAGUGAAAAGCUCCUGCUUCCGUGCUUAUUGGGAAGCGUGUCGCGAGCGUCCGGGCGGGAUUCUGGAUUCGCCGGCUGUCCCUUCAGCUGACUCCCUGGCUCACUGCCCCACCCGCUGCGGCGACGCCGAGUUCCUCUACCCGUUCGGGACGGAGCCCGGCUGCUUCCGUCAGGGCUUCGAGCUCACCUGCGACAACACCACCCAGCCUCCCAGGCUCUUCUGGGCCAACAGCAGCACCCAGAUGCUUGGCACGGACGGCACAGAUCACUACUUCGCCUACGCCUCGAUCGGCUUCAAUAUCACCGUCACGCCAGGUACGAGUACCUACAACUACACGGGGUCCUGGGAGUCGCCCGCCAAGGGCUUCGUCAUAGACUCUGACACCCGCAUGUACCUUGUUGGUUGCGACGUCGACGUCGUCCUGUUCGAUACUGGGACGAACCUGACCAUGGGUUCUUGCUCGAGUUCCUGCCCGGGCGACAGGGCGACCAUGGCCAUGGGUAUGGUCCGUAUGGAGCCCGAAAAUAAUUGCAAUGGGUUCGGCUGCUGCAGCAUCGCCUUGCCAGAGUACCUCCGAGGCUUUCGGUUCACGCUGUCAAGUAGGGAUGGCGUCCGAGCACCACCAGAUGCUGUUUUUCCUCCACUGCAAAGGCUUUCUUAA